AAAAUUCCAUUUUGGUGAUAUAUAUUCGGUUUACAUAGUUUGCUUGUUCUCGAGUUCUCUUUGUUGGUUGUUUUUGUUUUAGGAAGAGUGAGCGUUUUUCUAUUUAGUCCUAAAUAAAGGAAAGGCAUAAUUUUAGGUUUUUAGCUCUGGAUUCGGCCAUUCUUCGUUCGAGCCGAGGAAGGUUAUGCCGGAAGGCGUAAAGGUUGCGCCACUCUGUAAUUCGAAAGGCUUAAUCAUUCCUCUUGAGAUAUGGAGCAAGUGCAUCUUUGGUCAAAUUGCCACCAGUUUCGAGUUUUGCUUAUCCAGGAGGUUCUUGACUGGCGGUUUUUCGUUCUUGGAGAUUUCCUUCGUUUUUCCUUUGUUAACUGCACUUAGUUGCCACAUGCUUGCGAAUGAUCACCAUAGCAGGCCUGAUGCAAAUACUUUCUGAUUAUGGUGUUCCACCCGUACUGCAAUUAUAUGAGGCCAAAAUCCGCAAGUGAAGUGAAAGUUUUUGCUUAGUUAUCUGUAGAUACAUCUGUUACUUCGUAUAUGCAGACCUAGUGUUUCUUAGUCAUUACUUCGUCAGAGCUCAGAUUACGCUAGCAUGGAAACCCAUUGCUGAAUUCUAAAUCCCUUUCUCCAAAUUCAUUAGAGUAUAGGUUUUGAACUCUAGUACCUCACAAUGAAGGUCAUCUCAGUGGGUAUGUCAAUUCCGCUUGAACCAGUUGUCAAAAUUUCCGCAAGAUGCUCCAUGAUUUCCUACCUCAUCUAGCAUCAUAUGUUAGUUACAGAAUUAAGUCUGUGCUUCUAGAGCUUUAUGUGGACAAGACUUUCAAGUGCACCCCUCAGAAGGUUACUGCUUUUGUAGUGUUGCACAGCUGCUUGCUCAAUUAAUGGUGGAUUUGGCAAUAGAGGUUUACAUAUAUUUUAUAGCGUACUUAGUAGUAUUUCCUUAGCUUGUAUACGUGGGAUGUCACUUGUUUAAACACAAGUUCUGCAUUUUUUUUUUCUCAAUUCAAAUAAGUAAGUGUCAAAGUUUUGGAACCGGUUGUGUGAUAUUCGCCAAGAAAAAUGGAUAGAUAUAAGAUUAUCAAGGAAGUUGGUGAUGGAACAUUUGGAAGCGUUUAUCGUGCUUUAAAUAAGCAGACUGGGGAAGUUGUUGCAAUAAAGAAGAUGAAGAGGAAGUAUUAUUCUUGGGAAGAGUGCAUUAACCUGCGGGAAGUCAAGUCAUUACGAAAGAUGAACCACCCCAAUAUUGUGAAGCUCAAGGAAGUCAUAAGAGAAAAUGACAUCCUGUAUUUCGUGUUCGAGUACAUGGAAUGCAACUUGUACCAACUAAUUAAGGAUAAGGUGAAGCUCUUCCCAGAAGCUGAAGUACGCAACUGGUGUUUUCAAGUAUUUCAAGCUCUUGCGUAUAUGCACCAGCGUGGAUACUUUCAUCGCGACCUUAAGCCUGAGAAUUUGUUGGUUACAAAAGACCUGAUUAAAGUUGCAGAUUUUGGUCUUGCUCGAGAAGUUUGCUCCCAGCCGCCUUACACAGAAUAUGUCUCCACUCGCUGGUAUCGAGCUCCUGAAGUUCUGCUCCAGUCACCAUCUUACAAUUCCGCAGUUGAUAUGUGGGCUAUGGGUGGUAUCAUGGCUGAAUUGCUUUCACUCCGCCCUCUUUUUCCUGGUUCCAGUGAAGCGGAUGAGAUAUACAAAAUAUGUAGUGUGAUUGGCAGUCCAACUCAGAAAUCAUGGGCUGAGGGUCUUCAGCUUGCAAACUCAAUCAACUAUCAAUUUCCUCAGUUACCAGGUGUCCACCUUUCUGUGCUUAUUCCAUCUGCUAGUGACGAUGCUACAAAUCUCAUUAGUUCGCUAUGUUCUUGGGACCCAAACAAGAGGCCAACAGCUGCUGAGGCACUACAGCAUCCGUUCUUUCAGUCCUGCUAUUAUGUUCCUCCAUCUCUACGGGCAAGAACUGCAAUUACUAGAACACCUCCAUCUGUUGGAACUAAGACAACACUGGAGCAGAGGAGCACUAGACGAUACUCUGGAACUUUCUCUGAUACAAAACCUUUGCGCAACUUCUCGUCUGCGAAGGCAAACACUACAUUGAGUCCAGGGGUCGUACCAAAAAGGCUGGAAAUGGAUCAACAAGCUACGAAUAAAUUAGACAAAUCUGUGAAGGUUGUUGCUAAACAACAACAACCAAAAUAUCGACCGCCAGCAAGGAACAGCCCAACUUCGCUCUAUACUGGAGGCAGGGCUCUUCGAGGGGUAUCGGAUGCGACAGAAAAGUUGGCACAGCUGACAGUAAGCACUGGGAAAGUUGUUGCUCCUCCCUCCAAGCAGCAAGCAUCGGCACCACCACCACGUAUGAAGGCUGGAGGUUGGCAUGGCCACACCACUGAUGGGUUCCUUGGACGACCUACUCACGAGAUUCCCUCAGCCAGAAAUCAUUCGAGGAGGGUUGCAGGAUGAAGGAAUAUAAAGCCCUUAUUAGAGAUGCAGGAGAGAAUAUGCCCUGGUUAUUAUUACCUGCUUAAGAGUGUAAACAUGGGUAGUCAAUAAAACAAUGCUCUCUUUUGGUUGUCUUGAAGGUUCAGGUUUUGUGGUUGGAGUUUAGCUGUCGUAAACCAAGAAAACUGUGAUGUUUAUUCUCCUGUUGCAACAUAUAUUUUAAGUGUUUAUCAGUGCAUCUUACUACGAUGUUUGGUUCUUAUGA